AUGGUCUUGUUUAGGUUACGAAUUGUGUUUUUGCUGUUAACUGUCCUGCACAUAACGCAAGCAUUUAAUGAAGGAAUUGGUAAGAGAUGGCUUUCAGCGUCCCUUGUUGAUUACGAUGCAUUGUCUACCGACCAAUGGAUGCAGUUGUAUAGAAAAAUAACGUUAAGUGAUGAAGAAGAGGAUGAAGAAGAUGAAGAUGACGAUGAAGGAAUUGAGGAAUCUAUAAGUUCAGCUUCGGCUGAGAAAGUACAACAAGUCGAAGGCUUGUCCGGUGCCAUUUCAAAAUAUGUACAGAUUGCACCAAUUGAUGAUGAAUUCAAAGAAACUUGCUUUGUUUUGAAUGGCAAAAUAUACUCUAAGAGCGAUGACUCAUUUUAUUUCAAGACCUCUGAAUUGGAUGCUCAAGCUCUUGUUCCAGAUUUCGAUGUGUUAAAAGAUAGAGAGAUUGCAAUCGGAACUAAUGCUUCUGCUCCAAUUGUGGUACUUUACGGUUGUGAAACAGAUUUAGAGUUUGCUGAUUUCAACAGAAAUCUUUAUAAUGAGGCUAAGUUUGGUAAGAUUAGAAUGACUUGGAGACCGACCUGUAUCAUAGGUGAUACACCAGAAUAUGCAUUGAGUGCCACAUUAUCGGACAAAAACUGGGACCAAAAGGCAAAUGUUCACCUUGUAAUCGAUGAUUCUGAUCUAAAAAUUAAGGAUCCAGUCAAAUUGAAAUACUUGGAUCAAAAGGAACUAGAAGAUUUGGAUAUGAAAUUCACCGCGUUAUUGUUGGAGAAAUUCAAUGAAGAUCAUGAUUUCGAUUCUUUCUUUGAAUAUUUCAAGUCGUUGUCCUACAAUUUUCCUGCAGUGGCACCAGUCAUUGCUUCUAAAGACAACAUUGAUACAACACCAGCAAAGAAUAUUGUUAAAGACUUCAAUAAGAGAAAAAUCUCUCAUGAAUUACUUGGCUUGUACAUCAACGGCCAACAGUGGAGAUUGUCAGAAUUAGAUGAAACUACUUUACCUGCUAUCCUCGCUAAGGAAUGGUCUAGGGUUAAUGAUUUAAAAGAAAAACUAAGUAAGUUCCCCGGUGCUGAGUUAGAGAACUUUUUGAAAUAUUUCACGGUUGGCUACUCAUAUACGGCUUACUUUGACAAAAAUCGUUACGAUUUCUAUCGUACUCCAGGUUUCUCUGAAGCUGUAGUUUUCUUCAAUAAUUUCGAGAAGGAUGAGCUAUAUAAGGACCUGCCUGAAGACAAUAUGGCGUUUUUGGAACCAUCUGAUUUCGAACCAAUUCCUAGCAUCAAGCAGAAUUGGAAUGAGCUCAUCUUUUUUAUUAACUUUGACGAUAUGACACAAUUCAAAGAUGACGGUGCUGUAGGAUCAUUGUUACAAGCAAUCGAUCAGAUGGAAACUGGAUAUCCUAUCAGGUUGGGCUUAAUUCCAUUUUCUUCCUCUGGAUCGAACUCUGUUGUCGAUAUGAUUUAUAAAUUGAAGUCGGAAUCUGACAAGCCUCUGCAGUCGAUAAUAGAUUACUUAAGAACUCUUAUUGGACACUCUGAAAAAAUUCAACCUCAGACAAAACACAAAGGCAGUGCGUAUGAUGAAUACCUUGAGAGAUUCAAAAUAGCAGAUACUUGCAUAGCAAUGAAUGGUGUACUUUUACCAUUCCAAGCUAAAGCAUGGAAGAUUCAUACUUCAAGGAUAUUAUCCGCCGAUAUCGAGUAUUUGAAGUCAGAAUUGCAGGCCUUGGGUGAUUCAUCUAACCUAUCAGUAAGGCAACUUCUUCACCAUAGGUCCUUGACAUUGAAAAAUCCGGUAUACAUACCUAACCGUAUGCUGGAUGAAACCUUCACCAGAGUUAACAACCGCGCUCUACAUGUACUCGGUAGUCGCACGAUAAUCUUUUCUGAUCCGAAUCAAAAGACUUCACCCAUUCAUACUAUCACUUUAGUCGAUGAUUUCAACUCUUAUAGCGCUGUUCAGAAGAUACGAGCCCUACUAAGGAACAAUCACAAAAGUGUUAGUUUCAGACUAGUUCACGUUGGUGAUUUGUCAAAGAGUUGGGAUAAUUUUAAAAUGGAAUUCAGCACAGGGAAGUUGUCAGGUAAAAUAGCCUCUAAGACGACUGUUAAUUUCAUUGUUGAUCCCUUUUUGAAUGUUUUAAGCUCUUGGUUGCCGGAUAUUUCUAUUAAAGCUCUUCGUAAACCAUUUGCAGUAAUCAAUGGUAAAUUUUUCAAUACGGAUGACGAUUUGUAUUCUGUUGAAUUAUGGCACAACAUUUUGGUUCAUCAUUCUUCGCGCACCCUUGAUGUAUUGAAGACACUACAUCACAUCGGGGCGUUGGACGAAAACAUAAUGAACCCAUCUGCUAUCGAGGAACUUACUGCUGCUGUUAUCAAAUAUGUACAUCAUGGUUACCUUGUAUUGAAUAACGGAAUACCUUACACUACAGAAUCCUCAAUGCCUCGAGUGAGUCUUUCUGAGUUAGAAGAAUACACUAUCACUAGCCGCUCUGAUCAAUCUGUAAUCAACGUCACUCUAUUGCUAGAUCCUGUUGAAGAAAGGACACAGCGGUUGUUAUAUUUGUCAAGUUUAUUGAAAGACUUGCCAUUUGUAAAAACAGAGGUUGCAUUGGUACCGACAGCCAAUCUAACAUUGAACCCAGUGCAUAGAUUCUACAAUGCUUCAACCGGGAUAUCAGAUAAUGGAUUCUUAUCAGAAUUUGAUUAUCCUCAUAACAUCAACCCAGAUGACAAAUCAAUAAUUAUUGAAGCCCAUGUAUUCGAUGAAGGUGACGAUGUGUCAAUUGACAUUAUUGAUGGUCUGGCCGGUGUAUGCUUGCAGCUAAUGGACAACGCAGGAAAUGUUAUCGAUAAAGGUCUUUCGAUGAAAUCAUUUGGAUAUGUCCAAUUAUCAUUACCUAGCUUGCAAAAGGGAUUGAAGUUGGAAAACUGUGAUUCAAGUUACGAGAUUACAGCAUUGUCGACAAUGGCAGAAGCAAAUUAUAUUGAAGUAGAAUCCUUUGAUGUUGAUAACUCAUUGCCUACCCAAAUUCAUGUCAAAGUGAGAAAGACUACUGCGGAAAUUAUGAACGAAAAAGACGACAGAGUGAAUGUAAUGGUUGUCGUGCAUGAUGGACAAGAAAGUGUGGCCGUUAAAAGAAUUGAAAGAGUCAAGAAAGAAAUUGGCGACAAAGCAAAAUUUUAUAUUUUAGCUCAGAGACCUAAGUUAAUUGUCCGAGAAAUGCCAGCUUCAGUUGACUAUCAUUUGUUAACGUAUACUUGGCCAUUAUGGUUGAGACCACAGCGGUUCUCAGCAAAAGAGCUUGAGGCGAAAUCUAUUUUGCUGUUAGACACAAUGGUUCCAAAAAACGUUGACUACUUAGUGGUACUUUCUUUAACUGAUGAUUCAAGUGACACUAUUCCAUGGAACGAUAUUGCUUCAUUCUCUGAUGCUGUGUUCUACUUGAAACCGGCAAAAACAAAAGAAGGUUCGUACUGGAACUUCGGAUACUGGAAAAAGUAUUUACAGAAAUAUGACCUACCAUUCUACGAUCUAUCGUCAUCAUACAUUAUUAACAUGAAAAAAUGGAGAGAGAUAGAUGCUGGAACGAGUUUAAGAUUACAUUAUCAUCUCCUUUCUAAAAGUUUCAUUUCAUUAAACAACUUCAGAGCAGACCUUGUGAAUAGUAUCCAGCUCAAGGUGCCAAUUGCACCUUUGGAAGAACAUACUGAUGAGCUAUUUGAACAAGACGAAUUAUGA